CUGAGUCCCUCCGCUGUUUUUAUUAGUCCUCUGUUGGGCGCCUUCAAAAAUCACCAAUCUAGAAGUAAUGUGCACGUAAACUGAAAACUGUCAACGGGACCUUUGGGUGAAGUCGCUGUCGACUGUUGUACGCGUACAAUGCGCUGUCGUUGAGGAUCGCGCUUAUUGUGCGCAGCGGUGUGCCGCGCGUUCAGCUGUCACAAACUAGUAGAUGUAAGCAGUCGCAACACUGGGAAUACUUCUAAAAACAACUUAACGACACUAUUCUGUGUCGUUUUUGUCCUUUGGAUUACUAGUGGCCAGCAGUAGGUAACUGUCAAAUUUGGAUGUCGUAAUUACGGUUUAUCAAAUGACCCAGGUAUGGAGACUAAAAGAUACCAAAGUUACGACGAGGGGGCACAUGCAGAAAACAAUUGGGCACAGAUGCCAAAAGAUACCAUGGAGUAUUGCUGUUCCGCAGAAGAGAGUUUGAAAAAUAGUGAUGUGCUAAUGGAUAUCGUUAACUCAAGCAAUGCCCCUAACGUGCCAUCUGUGUGCAAGGAUAACAACUUUAAGAUUACUGACACAGCAAUGCUUAGACUUAACCAGAAUCAACCUCUUGCUUAUCCCUCCUUCAACAACUCCUUCCACAUCCGCAAGUCGGAAACAGGCUCUAAGGAGCUCUCCAAAACUGUUGCUGAGUCUAUGGGCUUAUACAUGAAUGCUGCCAGGGAGGCCGACUUUGGCUUUGGCCAACAAGGUACUGCAGGAGGGCAGGGUAGCCCGGUGAAAGUGUAUCCUCUUUGUGGGAGAGCAAUUGAAGACAGCCAGCCUAGAAUAACUGGGAGCCCAAAGAAGAAAGCUCCUCCAGCUCCAUUUCCAUCUGGGUCCCAACUGCCCAAUGGUGGCCCACAGGAGUGUGCUGUAGGCUCUGCCCCAGUGCCCUCUGCGCUGGCCACUGCUCUCUCUUGCGGUCCCGAUGGGUCUGGACCCAUGUCUAGUCCUACUGGAAACAACCUGGUGUCGUCCACUACCAGCCCCACCUACUUUGACUCUGAUUGUCCAUCACUGGCCACUGCCAGCACCAACUUGACCCAAGGUCACCACACCAGCUCCAGUACCUGUAGCUCGGUGAAGUCCAGCAUGGUGGGGUCACCUCCAAUGGCUAGUCCCCUCAGUGUAAUGAAGUCUCCAGUUUCCAGCCCUCACAGUAUUGGCAGCGUGAGGUCACCACUUUCCUGCAACACUAACAUGAUAUCAUCUGUCUCAAGCCCAACAGGAAAUGGAGGCAAUAGUGGUAACAUUAGACCAUCAAUCUCUAGUCCGCACACCGCUGGUACCAUGGCCAUGUCCAGUCCCAGGAACUCAUCCAGGGGCUUCUCUGUCUCAAGCCCUCCCAGUGGACUGGGCCUAGUGCAGAAUGAUGUAAACAGCCCUGAGGGCAGAGAGCAUGACUUCAAGGGAUUUGAGUUCCCAAAGGUAGAAAAUGUGGACGGGGAAAUAUUUAACAUAGGCCUGGAUGCUAUGGGAGUGGCAAAGUAUAUAAAAAACGAGCCUGGCACUGAUUACAGGAGCAUGUGCCUAGGCAACAGUAAGAGCACCAUACCACAGUCUCCUUUUGUAACUCAGAUUAAGACUGAACCAAACAGAGAGGUGACUUGUUCAAACCCCCAGUUCGGUGAGCCACAUCACUCCCUAGGCUGCUUUCCUGCUACAGAGACUACAUAUUUGUCUUUGAGGGAUAAUUUUGAUGAAUAUAGUCUUUCUGGGAUCUUGGGACCUCCUGUUUCUUCUCUGAAUGGCAACUUUGAACCUGGUGUGUUUCCGAACAAUGGCCUGCCCAAGGGGAUUAAACAGGAAACCAAUGAUGGCAGCUAUUACCAAGAGAAUAAUAAUGUGCCCACGUCAGCUAUUGUUGGCGUUAAUUCAGGUGGACAUUCAUUUCAUUACCAGAUCGGAGCGCAAGGAACAAUGUCGUUUUCACACCACAAUUUGAGGGACCAGACGAACCCCUUGUUGAAUCUAAUUUCUCCAGUUGCUGGAUUAAUGGAGACAUGGAAAACUCGCCCAGGCCUGUCACAGGGGCCUCUCUCUGCCAGGGGGGAGGGCUAUCCAGGCCCAGGUUGCCUUACAGAGAACAUGGAAAGUGCGUCUUUGAGACACACAUCUUCGACAGCCAAAGUGUGUCUGGUGUGUGGAGACGAAGCAUCAGGAUGUCACUAUGGGGUUGUGACAUGUGGAAGCUGCAAAGUUUUCUUCAAAAGAGCAGUAGAAGGUCAGCACAACUAUCUAUGCGCUGGGAGGAAUGACUGCAUCAUUGACAAGAUUCGGCGGAAAAACUGCCCAGCAUGCAGAGUACGGAAGUGUCUACAAGCUGGGAUGAAUCUUGGGGCACGAAAGUCCAAGAAGUUGGGAAAGAUAAAGAGCGUUGGCAACGAUUCUUCCCUGCAAAACUCAAAGGACGGGACUCCGUUCCUGACCUCCAAGAAAGACUUGAGCACAGCCACCGCACUCGUCCCCCAUGUCCCCACAGUAGCACCAUUUUUGUCGCCGUCUGUCUGUAGCGUCUUGGAGCUCAUAGAGCCUGAAGUGGUGUUCUCUGGCUAUGACAACACACAACCCGACACCACCGACCAUCUGCUCACCAGUCUCAACCAGCUCGCCGGCAAACAGAUGAUCCGGGUGGUCAAAUGGGCCAAAGUACUUCCAGGUUUCCGCAGUCUACCCAUUGAGGACCAAAUCACGCUGAUCCAGUAUUCCUGGAUGUGUCUCUCGUCCUUCUCCCUCAGCUGGAGAUCCUACAAACACACCAACGCCCAAAUGCUCUACUUUGCCCCUGAUCUCGUCUUCAACGAGGAACGCAUGCGGCAGUCAGCCAUGUACGAUCUGUGUGUGGGCAUGCGGCAGGUGAGCCAGGAGUUUGUCCGUCUACAACUCACUUACGAGGAGUUCCUCGCCAUGAAGGUUCUGUUGCUGCUCAGCACAGUGCCCAAAGAUGGUUUGAAGAACCAAGGGGCAUUUGAGGAGAUGAGGGUGAAUUACAUCAAGGAGCUCCGCCGCUCAGUUGGAAAGGCAACUAACAAUUCUGGCCAGACAUGGCAGCGCUUCUUCCAGCUCACCAAGCUAUUGGAUGCCAUGCAUGAACUUGUGGGGAGCCUUUUGGACUUUUGUUUCUACACUUUCCGCGAGUCACAGGCUCUGAAGGUCGAGUUCCCUGAGAUGCUGGUGGAAAUUAUCAGUGACCAGAUACCAAAGGUGGAGUCGGGCCUAACACACACCCUCUUCUUUCAUAAGAAAUGACUGAAAGUUCACAAAAUGAGGGAAAAAUUAAGGAUCAAAAGAGAGGAAAAGCAGAGGACACCCAGCCCUCGGAGAGAGAGAAACAGAGCAAGCCCGCUAUGCACAAAGCAAGGCGUAUCGAGAAGCUUGGUUUAAAGCCAUAUAAGGCUUGGGCAGUUAGGGAAGACAAAGAGGGAUCUCUGUACCUGGCCAACAGAGAAGAACUUAUAUUUCUUGUGACAAUGCGUUCCUUACCCCCAAAGACAAUUCUGACAAUGUUCGAUAUGGAUAUGAAGCCAUAUUCUUUGGUAAAGCUAUAGUGCACAUGCACACGCAAAUACAUCACACACUCUAGACAUUUCCUUGACUCCCUGAAUUGUCCAAACUGCCAGUAAAUACAUAAAUACUGUUGCAGUAUGUACGUUGGCAUUCUUGACAUUAUGGGAAAAUGCAUUACAACCAUUCUGUUUAUUGCUGAUUAAUAAAGAAGUAUAAUUUUCAUGAAGAGAGGAUUAAUUAGGGUAUUUGUAAAGA